GUAUGCCCUCGACUCUUCCGGAAGCAGCGACAAAGCCUGAGUUUGCGGGGACCCCCACAGGUCUUUCGAGGGGGCAGGUUCACGACAUCAAGGAAGAAGCAAAGCGACAUCAAAUGUCCCAGAUGGACAGCCAGCAGAAGCACCUCAUGGAGCAUGCAGGGCAACACCACAGUGAUCACGACCGGGUAGUUGCAAGCCAGCAGGCACAAGCAGUAGCGACACUCACAGCACAGCAGCUUCGGGAGUCUGCAAGGCAAGUAGCAGCACAGCAGAAGGUGGCCGAGCAACAGAAGGCAGCAGCCUAUGUGCAGAUGCAACAGUUGCAAGAACAACAGAGAUUGCAAGAGCAGCAAUACAAAGAUGCUGAAUGGCUGGCUGCGCAGCAGCUCUAUGUGAUGAAGGAAGAAGCAGCAGCCCGUGAGAAGCACAGACUAGAAAUGCAGCGUGCUUUGCAGAUGCAGGAGCUUGAGCUGCAGCAGCACACAACUGAGCAUUGGUAUUGGUCGCAGCAGCAGCAGCGUUACUGGCAAGAGACGCAGGUUGAUGAUGCAGAAACCCCAAGUACAACAGCCGCCCCAGCACACAACCCAAGUACGACAGCCGUCCCAGCACGCACAAGUACGACAGCCUUCCCUGCACACAACCCAAGUACGACAGCCUUCCUUGCACACAACCCAAGUACGGCAGCCGCCCCAGCACACAACAACCAAGCACCAUCCGGGGAGGUCGAUGCGGAACUUGCUUUCACCAGAACGACCGCUGAAGCUGCGCAGGCCUAUCUAUAUUUGGAGCAGCAGGCAGGCACAGCAGCUCCGGUCGUGACAGCCUCGCCCGCACAGGAAGCACCGAGCCCUGCCCCGACCCAACUGCGGGACUCCGCUUGGGAUGCACAGCUGGCAGAUGCUGCGUACAAGAGACACAUGGGUGAGCAGGAUGUGCGCAUGGGGUCGCCAACGCAGCUGCAGCAAGAGCUUGACACGACAACAACCCAGCUGGCGGGCCAUGCGCAGGGUGAGGAUCAGGAGAUUGAUUGGGCAGCCAAAGCUGCAGAACUAGAAGCAUUGUUGCAGCAGUGCAGAGCAAAAGCACAGGCAGCAACGCCCUCGACCAAAGCGACGGGCCCGACCCCUUCCUCCACACCUACACGGAACCUGGCUGCGCAGUUCAUGCGUGUGGCUUCGGCAGCAGGAGAGGAGUGGACCGCCGAUGGCUGCAAGCGCAAACGCAGCCACGAGGACGACUGGCCUGCACCUCCCAAGGCUAUGCCCAGGACUGCAGCACCAGCAGCCCGAUGCAUCUCUGCAGGAUUACCGGUGCCUCCGCCACCUCUGACUCCAGAGCAGUACGAGCAGAAAAUGCAAGAAAUUGCUGCCACCAUCCCCGCUCCUCCACCGGUGAAGUCUACUGCGGCCAAGUCGGCUCCGGCAGCAUGGCCUCCACAGAGGAGCCAGCCCUGUACCCCCCCCGAAGCCACUUCCAAGGCAGCCUUCCCGCCGGCGCCCCCGAACAUCCCCGCUGCCGGUGUGCCCACGCACUGUCUCAUGCCGAAGCACGCACCUCCGUGCCCACCGUUCCCGCCAGCAGCGAAGGGGCCUGCCGAUCCAGAAGCCCCCCAGAGUCAUCCGCAGCCGGAGCCUCCUUUCGGGCAGAAUCACCCACCCGCGCCAGAAGCCGAGCAGAAUCACCCACCAAGACCCUCAGUGGAAGCCGAGCGGAAUCACCCACCGAGACCCGUGCCAGAAGCCCAGCAGAAUCACCCACCGAGACCUGCACCAGAAGCCGAGCGGAAUCACCCACCGAGACCCGUGCCAGAGGUGAAUCCAGAGCCCGGUGCAACGAAGCAAGCACAUUCAGCAGCCGCACCGGCAGAAGUCGCAGCUAGUGGCCGUGAUGGAAAGCUUGCUGUCUUCAACAGUGUGACUUGUCCAGAUGCAUGGGCCUUCCUCUACCGCCUGUGUGGUCGUGACAACAAGACCAAGUCUAAGACAAGCCAAGAGAUCACAGAUCGUGGUGCCACUCGGAACAAGCUCUUGAAGGAGUUUGUUGAGAAGGUCUACCAGCCAGAUGCUGCUUAUGAUGACAACAAGGGUCGGCUGGAGGCGCUGUUUCGCCUGAAGCACGUAUCGAAGUCGUGGAAAACGGGGAGAUCUGGCUAUGAAUGGCAGACGGAAGAGGAGCUUGUGGCUCGUGGAUGGCAGACGCGUAAGAUUGCCGGUGCUGUUGCACUGUGUACUGCAAAAAAAAUGUACAAGAAGUGCAUGUACACCGGCGACCGGAAGUAUCUCGUGUUGAUCACCGAGACAGUUGAGCAAGGGACAGAGCGACUCCAAGAACUCGAGCAGCUGAUGCAAGAAACAGGCUUCGCUGCGCACGAUCUGCAAGAAUACCUGAGUCAAUGCUGCUUCACCGAGGAGUUUGACCUCUCCCUCGGAGAUUGCUUGGACCUCUCGGACUCAGAAGAUGAGCCCAACAAAGAGGGUAAAAACCCAGAUGGAAAGCCCUCUAAGAAAUGCAAGGGGUCGGGACUGCCACCUCUCGAAGGUUCCGAAUCGGUUGAAGCUUUCGUCGCGAAGUACAAGAAGACUUUGCUGAACAAGCGCAGCCUGCUCAAGGAAGCGAAGGAGAGAUUGGAAAAGGAGGAAUGCGCAUCCCACCGGGAGGACCUCAACACGUGCCAGAAGACUAUGGGAGAUCUGAACAUCCUCUACAAAGAGAUCUGUGACUUGGACUUGACAAAGGGAGACAAGAAGCUUGGUGUCAAAGCCAACAUCGACAAGAUCAUCCGCACCUACAUUGAUGCUUGUUUCCCUUGA